AUGAUGCUUUGCUGCCUGAGGCAGAGCAUCACAAGUCAGCUGGACGGACGCAGCUCAUAUUACUCACAAAAACUAUCUUCCACCUGCUUUCGUCACUCAGGGAAGUAAAUCCGUCCCCACUUGGACGUCAUGGGCUCGUUCUCUCCUCACAACUUCUCCUGGGUGGAACCGGGUAAACUGGCCGGGCUGGCCCUGCCCAGGACGCCGGCCGAGUACCAGUUCCUGCUGGACAACGGCAUCCAGCACCUGGUCUGCCUGUGCGAGAGGAAACCCCCCCACCACGACUCGUGCCCGGCGCUGCAGCUUCACCACAUCAAGAUCGUGGACUUCACGCCGCCCUCGCCGGAGCAGGUGGACCGGUUCCUCUCCAUCGUGGAGGAGGCCAACGCCAAGGGCGAGGGCGUGGCGGUGCACUGCAUGCACGGGCACGGCCGGACGGGGACCAUGCUGGCCUGCUACCUGGUGAAGACCAGGAAGAUCUCCGGGCUGGAAGCCAUCGAGGAGAUCCGGCGGCUCCGGCGCGGCUCCAUCGAGACCGGCGAGCAGGAGAAGGCCGUCGUGCAGUUCUACCAGCGCACCAAGUAGCUCUGCCGGGACGCUCACAGUACACUUUAAUCACCCGUCGAUUGAAAACAGACAAGACACAGGAGAACACAUGCUUGAUCUUUUACUGAGGUUUUAUUUUGAAAAUCUUCACGCACUGGACGGCAGAGAGAAAAGCCGCUGGCGCUCGCUGAACGGGAGCUUUUCAGGCGCCAUCUUCCUCCUCCGGAUCCUGCAGAGACAUAAUAUAUGAAAUACUUGACUUUAAUGUGGCGCUCGUGACGCAGAACUGUAAACUCACUCGCUUGAUGGUGCGUCACGGACGCCGUUCUUCCGUCCAAUCGAUGUUUCACCUGCAAGAAACGUGGAAAUGUUCACAGGAUGAAUAAAACUGAGGAUUAAAUUA